AUCCUUUAUUUUGCUGAGCUGUUAGCUACGUUUCCUUCCCACUAGUUUUAUAUCAGAAACCAGCAGCAUAAACAAACUAGCAUUAGCAGGAAAGGCUAAUUAUUUACGGAGCUAGCUUAAAGAAAAGGGCUACUCAAUGUUUCGCUUGAGUUCAGACACUCUCAGUAUACAGUGAGUAAAGUUACCACGGUUAAUGUUUACGCUGCCUGGACAUGGACGAGCCGGACACCGCAGCGAUUCUUCCCGGGGACGUUCUCACCGCCAGGGACGAGGAGACACACGACUCUGGGGACCAAAAACAUGAGGCCAAAGUAGCGAGCACCGGCUUCUUACGACCACCGUUUAGGUUUACAUGCCCGGUGUCUGUAGAGCCGGUGCUGUUCCUCUCCAUGUUUUCUCUAGCCCUGCAGGCGCCUCUGUCCACUCAGUACCUGUGGGACCGCAUCAGCGAGGACCUCGGCUACAACGGCUCCAAGAGGUCGGGGUGCAGCAACGGCUCCGUGCCCCCCGACCCGCUGCAAACGGAGGUGGAAAUCUUGACUGCCCACUGGAACCUGUACAUCAGUCUUGGGGGAUUUUCUGUAGGCCUGUUUGUGGUGCCUCUGCUGGGCUCAUGGAGCGACCUCGCUGGUCGAAGACCCGUCCUCAUCCUCCCAAACAUUGGCCUGGCCCUCCAAGCGGUGGUUUACCUGGUGGUGAUGUACCUGAAGCUGCCAGUGGGCUACUUUCUAGUUGGCAGGCUGCUAAGCGGCCUUUCCGGGGAUUUCAACGCCAUCCUGGCAGGCUGCUUUGCAUAUGUGGCUGAUACCAGCGACAGAAAGUCCCGCACCAUCAGGGUGGCAAUCUUGGAGGCUUGUCUGGGCCUUUCAGGGAUGCUAGCCAGCAUCAUCGGAGGGCAGUGGCGGCGGGCACAGGGGUACAUCAAUCCCUUCUGGCUCGUCCUGGCCACAAACUUGGCCUCGGCUCUGUACGCUUACCUGUUCGUCCGUGACUCGGUCGUGCCUGACCCCAGUGCCAAGCUCCUCACUUCCCACCACUAUAAAGCUAUCUGGCACCUCUUCUCAACAGGAGGCAGUACCAGUGACGCCGGCGGGACAUUUCACAGAUGCAAGCUAUGGCUUUACAUGCUGUGUUUCUUUCUGGUGGUGACCGUACACUUCGGCAGCAGGGAGUUAUACGUGUUGUUUGAGCUGAGCUCCCCGCUCUGCUGGGGGUCGGCCCUCAUUGGCUACGGAUCAGCAGCUCAGAACCUGGCCUACCUCAGCAGUCUGCUGGGGCUGAAGAUCAUGCAGCGCUGCCUGGAAGACUCCUGGGUGGCUCUCGUGGGUCUGGCCUCCAACGUCAUCGGGCUGGUGGUGUUCUCUGUCGCUGACACCACACAGCUCAUGUUCACAGGUUACGGUCUGUGUUUCCUGUUCAUGGCUGCGACGCCUGUGCUCAGGUCAAAGCUGUCCAAGUUGGUCGGCCAAUCAGAACAAGGCGCCCUGUUUGCCUCUGUUGCCUGUGUGGAGAGCUUGUGUUCCCUGGUGGGCAGUGGCCUUUUUAACUCCCUGUACCCAGCCACGCUGCACUUCAUGAAGGGCUUCCCCUUCCUUUUUGCUGCCAUCAUCCUCUUCAUCCCUGCUGGAAUAAUCGGGACCCUGCAAUGUUUGGACCAGAGGAGAGAAAACAGAGACUCCACAGCAUCCUGACCUGAGGAGAAGCAGAGGGCAGGAACGUGUCAGAGAGCUAAUGUUUGUCCUGGUGUCAGUCUAUGAGGUGAGCAGCUCUGACAUGCAUCUGUCCAUCAGUGGUGCUGGGAGAGACUUUAAUCUCAACAGUGAUAGGGUAGCUGACUGUUUUUUAACUGGCUCAAUGGAGGAAUUCUUACUAGUGUCACCAAAGGGAUCAAGACUUUAGGAUGAAGAAUCAACCUCCUGGCUGAAAUGACUUUAAAACCGCCACAAAGUGGGGAGGGGGAUUUGUUAAAUCUCUGCUGGCCCUUAAAACUAACCAGUCUUCUGAUGUUUCAACAUGACAUUUAUACAAAUGGUGAACAGAACAAGGUUCGUAGCACGUUUUAUUUUGUGAUUCUAUAUAUUUUAAAUGCAGUGUAAUGUGUGCCAAUGAAAAUGCCUUAUAUUUAAAUUAGAAUGUAUUAAUACACACAAUAGCUUAAGUGUUACGGUUGAGUGAAAGAAGCAGGACCCAAAUACAGAUAACUCUGAUUAACCUUUAUUUCAAGGAUAAAAAGAAAAUAACUUGGA